AUGUUCGCAGUUGGCUAUGCUCUUAGCGCAUGGGUGGGCUUCGGCGUGUGGUUCAUCUCUGCGUCUGGAUCCUCGUCCACAUUUCCCUGGAGGUUUCCACUUGCCUUGCAAAUUCUCCCCGCUCUGGUUCUCUUAGUUGGCUCCCCUUGGCUCCCCUAUUCACCACGAUGGUUGAUGCAACAGAAUAGAUUUCAAGAAGCAGAAGCUGUGCUGUUCAAACUUCACACACGCCCUGGAGAAAGUGGCGAGGAUCAUAUGGCACAAGCUCGUAUUGAGUUUGAACAGCUUCGUGCUCAGACCGCGCUCGACCAAGAGAUGGCAGCCAAACGUUCACGUUGGGAGUUGGUGAAGACUCCUGGCAACCGCAAGCGUGUCUUAAUUGCCACAAUACUCAUGUGGGGUGACAUGUUUAUGGGCCCAAUCUUCAUCGCUAACUAUGGAGUUAUCCUAUUCACGCAACUUGGUUUGAAGGGUUAUGUCCCUCUGAUGUGUCUUUCCUUCCUGGUGACAGCGACAUUCCCGGGCAAUCUCGUCACAGCUUUGUUCGUCGACAGAUUUGGGCGCCGUAUUUUCUUGCUGAUCGGCUGCGUUGGGAUCACGAUGUGUUUGAUGUUUGAAACUCUGCUUCAAGCACUUUACCUUGAAGGUGACAACGUUGCUGGCCAGCGUGCUGCGGUCUUCUUUAUAUUCCUAUACGCGAUCUUCUGGUCCACCUUCAUGGAUGCUACCCAGUAUUUGUACCUCUCGGAGAUCUUCCCAACUCACCUUCGUGGACAAGGGGUAGCAGUGGGCAUGUUUCAUUACUUUGUAGCCACUAUUAUCAUCCUAGUUGUUGGCCCGAUUGCAUUGGACAAGAUCGGCUGGAGAUUUCUGCUCGUCCUCCUAAUUCCCACGGCCUGCUAUACAGUGGCGGUCUAUUUCCUCUUUCCAGAAACCUGUCAGCGAUCGUUGGAGGAUAUCAAUGCCCAGUUUGGCGAGGCAGUAGCACUUCCUUACUAUCACCAUGCGAACACUGGUGGGGGCGAUGAAGAACGCAAAGGCCCUAAUAGUGCUGAGAUCGAAGUGGUACGACGCAAGGACGAAGAAACCGCUAUGGCCAAGGCCUAA